AUGAGCGCCACCGAUCCCGUCAACCCCCCUGGUGAGCCAGCCCCUGAGCUCCUCGAGGGCCGUCUCUGGGUAGAUGGCUGUUUUGAUUUCUUCCACCACGGCCACGCAGGCGCCGUAGUCCAGGCCCGCCAACUCGGCGACGAGCUCUACGUCGGCGUCCACUCGGACGAGGCCAUCCUCGAAAACAAGGGCCCCACCGUCAUGAACCUCAAGGAGCGCCUCAUGGCCACCGACGCCUGCCGCUGGGUCACCAAGUCCAUCCCCUACGCUCCCUACGUCACCCAGCUGGACUGGAUCACCCACUACGGCUGCAAGUACGUUGUCCACGGCGACGACAUCACCUCUGACGGCAGCGGUGAGGACUGCUACCGCUUUGUCAAGGCGGCCGAUCGGUUCAAGGUUGUGAAGCGGACGCCGAGUAUCUCCACUACCGAUUUGGUUGGGAGGAUGCUGCUUUGCACGAGGGGGCAUUUCAUCAAGUCGCUGCAAAAGACGCUCGAGGGUGAGGAGGGUCCGGGAACAGCGGAGGAGAGGAAGAAGGAAGGCGAGGCGAUGAAGGAGAGGAUUAGGCUGUAUGCUGCGGAUGAGACGGCCAAGCAGCCCGGUGUGGAGGUUUGGUUCUGGUCAGGGGAGAAUGGGUUCGACAAGUUGUUUGGGGGUAUCGGGCCAAAGAUUGGCCAACGGGUCGUGUACGUCGAUGGUGGUUUCGACCUCUUCUCCAGCGGCCACAUCGAGUUCCUCAAGAUGGUGGUUGAAGCUGAGGAGGAGCUCGCCAGAGGGGACGGUUGGUACUCGGAGCAGAACGUCAACGAGCGCAAGGGCAAGGGAGAGGACUACGGCCCGGUGUUUGUGGCGGCUGGCGUCCACGACGACGAUGUCAUCAACAAGUGGAAGGGCGUUAACUACCCCAUCAUGAACAUUUACGAGCGCGGCCUCUGCGUUCUGCAAUGCAGGUACGUCAAUGCCGUCAUCUUCGGCGCCCCCUUCGAGCCUACCAAGGAGUACUUGGCCAAGUUCCCAUGGAGCACCCCCGAUGCCGUUUACCACGGCCCAACAUCAUUUAUGCCAUCCACAAAGGAUGUGUACGCGGCUCCCAAGGAGAUGGGCAUCUACAGAGAGAUUGGCCACCACGAAUUCGAGGAAGUCAACGCCGGUACCAUUGUCCAAAGAAUCAUGAAGAGCAGAGACCUCUACGAAGCUCGUCAAAGGGCCAAGGGCAUGAAGGCCGACAUCGAGGCCGCUCAUAAGGAGAGAGAGCUUCUCGAAGAGGAACAGCGCAAGAAGGAGGAAAAGCUUCAGAAGUGA